AUGGCGUCCGUUCGGAAGCUCAUUGUAGAAGUAGUUGAUGCCCGUAAUCUUCACCCAAAAGACGGCCAUGGCACGUCAAGUCCUUACGUGAUUCUUGAUUUCUAUGGCCAACGACGGAAGACCCGGGUGGUGGCUAGGGAUUUGAACCCGGUUUGGAAUGAGGUUUUGGAGUUUAAUGUCGGAAAACCAUCCGAUGUGUUCGGUGAUAUGCUUGAAGUUGAUGUUAAUCAUGAUAAGACUCUUGGUCCGACGACCAGACACAAUUUUCUGGGUAGAGUCCGCUUGAAUUCACAGCAGUUUGUGAAGAAAGGGGAGGAGGCUUUGAUUUAUUAUCCUUUGGAGAAGAAGCACUUGUUUAGCUGGAUUCAAGGCGAAAUUGGUUUGAAAAUUUACUUUGUUGAUGAUGUUGCUCCGCCGCCGGCGCCACCAUCUCCUCCGCCAUCUGAAGAGGUGAAGGCUGAGCCAAAGUCAUUGGAAGAAGCUAAGGCGGAAGUUGACGCUGCCCCCAAGGCUGAUUCAGAACCACCACCGGCGCCGGAGGUGGCACCUACAGAACCUGCUCCACCGUCGGAAGCUUCCGAUCAUGAUGGUGAAGUUCCAGAUGAUGAUUGUUUUGAUCCAGUAGAAUCAAGUACUCCAAUGAAGCAAGAACGAUUUGAUCAUGAUCAAUUAAGGACAUCAAGAUCUAUGCCGGAGAUCAAAAUCGGUGGUGAUAUUCCAAUCGGCCCACAGCCAAUCCCUCGGACUUCCUCAGUCAGCAGCUUCACGACAGAUGUGUCCGAUAGAUUUCCAAUCGAACGGUCCUCAUUUGAUCUGGUGGAGAAAAUGCACUACCUCUUUGUUAGGGUAGUUAAAGCUCGGGCUUUACCCACCCCAGGCAACCCGGUAACCAAGAUAGUUGUUUCCGGUUGCCAAGUUGUCUCAAAACCCGCUCGAAAAACCAUGUACUUUGAGUGGGACCAAACAUUCGCUUUCCGACGAGAUGUGCAUGAUUCUACAUCCAUUCUUGAAGUUUCUGUGUGGGACCCGCUGAUCUCAAGCUCUAUGUCGGAUGUUGCAGGGCAUAAUUUCCUAGGUGGCAUAUGUUUUGAUGCCACAGAGAUCCCCUUACGAGACCCACCUGAUAGCCCGUUGGCCCCACAAUGGUACAGGCUAGAAGGAGGCGGGGCUCAUAAAGGGGAUCUCAUGUUAGCCACAUGGGUGGGGACGCAAGCAGAUGAGUCAUUUCCUGAAGCAUGGAAAACUGACACCGCGGGUAACCCUAGCUCUCGAUCCAAAAUAUACCAAUCACCGAAGUUAUGGUAUCUACGUGCGACAAUCAUCGAGGCUCAAGAUGUUCCCCCCACAUCAUCGUUCCAAAUCAAAGCUCAAUUAGGGUUUCAAGUUCAAAAAACGAAAUCAAUCGCCACACGUAACGGAACUUCGUCAUGGAAUGAAGACUUGAUGUUUGUAGCCGCCGAGCCAUUCUCCGAUCAACCGUUGAUGUUGUUUCUAGUUGAACAACGGGGCCCAAAAGAGACAACUGUCGUUGGAGUCGCUAGCCUACCUUUAGCUUCCAUAGAGCGUCGUGUAGACGAUAGAAUUGUGGUAUCAAAAUGGUUAACAUUUGAAGAUCCAAACGAAGAAAAAAGAGUUUAUCGUGGUCGAAUCCAAGUAAAAAUAUUCUUCGAUGGGGGAUACCAUGUGAUGGACGAAGCCGCACACGUUUGUAGCGACUAUCGACCCACUGCAAAGCAACUUUGGAAAAGCCCGAUUGGCACAAUUGAGCUAGGGAUUGUCGGAUGCAAGAAUUUGCUACCAAUGAAGUCUAUCAAUGGCAAAGGGUCCACAGAUGCUUAUGCCGUGGCAAAAUACGGAAACAAAUGGGUACGAACACGAGCGAUAUCUGACAACCUAGAUCCAAAAUGGAAUGAACAAUACACAUGGAGAGUUUACGACCCAUCCACCGUGUUAACAAUCGGAGUUUUCGAUAGUUGCGAAGAGUUUGGAUCCGACGGUCAAAAAGAGCCCACACGUUCGGACUUUCGUAUGGGGAAAGUACGUAUACGUAUAUCAACUUUAGAGAUGGGGAAGGUGUACAAGAACACGUAUUCAUUAAUGUUAUUGAAUGCGGUUGGGCUUAAGAAAAUGGGAGAGCUAGAGCUGGCAGUGCGAUUUGUGCGUAUGGCACCAACGCUUGAUUUUUUGAAUGUAUAUUCGCAACCCUUGUUGCCAAUAAUGCACCAUAUCAAGCCAAUCGGGGUGGUACAGCAAGAGAUACUUAGAACGGUCGCAGUUAAGAUCACUGCGGCUCAUUUGGCGCGAUCCGAGCCACCCCUUCGUCGUGAAGUGGUGGCCUACAUGCUAGAUGCAGACACACAUGCAUUUAGCAUGAGGAAGGUUCGCGCCAAUUGGCUACGGAUAGUCAACGUGCUAUCGGGGGUCAUUGACAUGGUCAAAUGGUUCGAUGACACUCGGUCAUGGAAGAAUCCAACGUCUACAUUCUUGGUUCAUAUAUUGCUUAUGAUGCUCGUGUGGUUCCCUGACCUAAUCAUCCCCACUUUGGCAUUUUACGUGUUUGUGAUCGGGGUUUGGAAUUACAGAUUCCGGUCUCGAGCCGCACCACCACACUUUGACCCGAAACUUUCAUUAGCAGAAACAAUCGAUGGUAAUGAGCUCGAUGAGGAAUUCGACAUGGUGCCAUGUACCAGAUCAAAUGAAAUGGUGCGGUUGAGAUAUGACAAGCUACGUAUGCUAGGAGCACGGGUGCAAACUGUGCUAGGUGACAUAGCGACACAAGGUGAACGAGUUCAAGCUUUGGUGACAUGGCGGGACCCACGUGCCACGGGGAUUUUUGUUGGUAUGUGUUUGGUGGUUGCAGUGAUUUUGUACCUUGUACCGUCGAAGAUGGUGGCAGUGACAUUUGCCUUUUAUUAUAUGAGACAUCCUAUCUUUAGGGAUCGGAUGCCGUCUCCUGCACUCAACUUUUUCCGAAGACUGCCGUCAUUAUCGGAUCGUAUUCUUUAG